UCCACACGACUGCAGCAGCGCAGGCAGCAUCUGUAUGGGAAGCUGAGCGGACAGCUGGCUGAGUAUAUGGGAUGGCUCACUUGAACUCCACCAGCCUGCCUUCCAACCAGUCAGACUUCAACAGCGUUUUCACCCUGAAGGUCCUCCCGCCGCUCUACUUCAUCAUCUUUCUGGUGGGUUUGUUUCUGAAUGGCGGGGCUGCCUGCAUCUUCUUCAGAGUGCCCUCUGAAUCAGGGUUGGUGGUCUACCUAAAGAACAUGGUGGUCGCCGACCUCCUCAUGCUGUCCAGCUACCCUUUCAGGGUUGUGGCUCAGCUGGAACUCGGUGGCUGGUACAUCCACGUGAUCGUGUGCCGCUUCACCGCUGUGAUCUUCUACUGCUCCAUGUACAUGGGGAUCCUCUUCAUGGGCUUAAUCAGCCUUGAGCGCUACUUCAAGAUUGUCCGAAACAUCUCCUCCUCCUCCUCCUCCUCCUCCUCUCCCUCCUCCUGCAGAAGUACUCUGGCCAGGAUCUUCUCACUGCGCCACCUGCAGAACCCCAAAUGCGCCUCGGUGUUGGCCAUCCUCACCUGGACCCUCCUCAUCGUUUUCCUCCUGCCCAACAGCUUGCUGACGAGCAAGGAAGCCAACGAGACAAACGCCCGCCGCUGCAUGGAUCUGAAGACGCCGCUGGGCAAAGAGUGGCAUCGGGUGUCCUCGAUCUUCAGUGUCUCAAUGUUCUGGGUUACUCUGGUGGUCCUCGCCUUCUGCUAUGCUUCCAUUGCCCGCCAGGUCUAUCAGUCAUACCGCCGCGUGCGCUGCAACAACAGCGAUGUCUGCCGCAAGUCCAACCGCAGCAUCUUCAGCAUCCUGGUGGUGUUCUUCAUGUGCUUCGUGCCAUACCACGUCUGCCGCGUGCCUUACACUCUGAGUCAAAUGCCAGGUUCCGGCUUCAGCUGGCACGCCCGCUUCCUGCUGCUGCAGCUGAAAGAGGGGACGCUCUUUCUGUCGGCGCUCAAUGUCUGCCUCGACCCCGUCAUCUACUUCCUCAUGUGCCGAACCUUCAGAGACUCGCUGCUGAGGAAGGUGUCGCGGCGAGAGAGGAGGAGGAGGUCCCUGACCACGGCUCAGAGUCUGACCAACAUUUAGGAGGCGAGGAGUGAGGAGACAAGCAGGCAAAGAUAGGAGGUGAGCAAAGGAGACAAGAAGAGCAGGAAGGGAGAGGACUCAAAGACAGGAGACAAAGCAAGAAAAGGAGAUAAAGACAGAAGGCAAGAAGAGAAGACAAGGAGAGGAAGUGAAGAUAAGAGAGAAGGCAACUAAAGAAGAAACGAGGAGAGAAGGAGACCCCGGAGCACGGCUUGCAUUUAGGAGGGGGGCAAGGAGAGGAAAUGAGGAUAUGUAAGACCUAAAUGUUCAAAGGCAAAAUAACAUUUGUUUUUGUGCGUGUUGCAGUAGAAACUAUGUGUCUCAGUCUUACUGAAAUGUGUGUAAAUGAGGAGUUUUAUGUGUAAAAUAGUAAAAAAACAGGAGUGCAUAUUUUUAUUCUGUCAUGUGUACAUAAGUAUUUAGAGCUUCUGUUCUAGGAUUAUUUAUACUUUUGAGAAAGAGCAGAAAAGAAAGGCGAGAACAACAAAGGCCAGAAAAGAGGAGGAAGUGGUGACGUGGAAGUGAAACUGCACUGUGAUGAGUGGGCAUCAAACCUGCAGCACUCAACUCUGAUCGCACGUCUCUGAGACCGCUGAACGUCUCAGUCAAAUCAGCUGAUUUGCUCACAAGUCGCCUGUUUUCUGGAAGUGGACGUCUAACCGCACG